AUGUGGAGAGUUAAGAGGAGUCAUGUGGUGAGGUCUACAUUGAGGAGGCCAUAUAUCAAACGGCAGAUUACAAUGAAUGCAGAUCUUACAGCUGCGAUGGCAUCAUUACCUGAAAAUGAUGUGAUAGUUAUAGGGGGUGGACAUGCAGGUUGCGAGGCAUCAACAGGUGCAGCUAGGGUUGGAAGUAAAACUAUUUUGGUGACACCUUCUAUCAAGCAACUGGGGACGUGUUCAUGUAACCCAUCGAUGGGUGGUGUUGGUAAAGGGACUCUAUUGAGAGAAGUAGAUGCUUUAGAUGGUGUAGCAGCAAGAAUAACUGAUAAAGCAGGUAUUCAAUUCAAGAUAUUGAAUCAAAGUAAAGGUGCUGCUGUAUGGGGGCCUCGUGCUCAAAUAGAUAGAAAUUUAUAUCUGAAGGAAAUGCAAAAUGAAUUAAUAGAUUAUCCAAAUUUAAAUAUUCAAGAGGGGAAAGUAAAAGAUAUUAUUAUAGAUCAAGAUGUUCUAAAUUCAGAUGGAGUAUACGGAGAAGUCAAAGGGGUGAUACUUGAUGAUAAUACAAUAAUUCCUUCUAAAAAGGUUAUAAUUACCACAGGUACUUUUUUGAGUGCAGAAAUUCAUAUUGGUUUAAAGGCUAUCCCAGCUGGAAGAAUUAAUGAACCGCCUACUUUUGGUAUUAGUGAAACUUUAGCUCAAGUUGGAUUCCGUCUUGGUAGAUUGAAAACAGGCACACCAGCAAGGUUAGAUAAAUCUUCAAUUGAUUUUACAAAUUUGGAGAAACAAUAUGGUGAUAAAAUACCUACGCCAAUGAGUUUUGUAAAUGACUCGGUAACAAUCAAAGAUCAAAUACUUUGUUAUGGAACAAGAACAACUCCACAAUUGCAUCAAUAUUUGAAGGAUAACUUGGAUAAAAGUAUUCAUAUAAGGGAAACUGUUAAGGGACCUAGAUAUUGCCCCUCCAUUGAGGCAAAAGUAUUACGCUUCGCUGAUAAGGACUCUCAUAAAAUUUGGUUGGAACCAGAGGGAAUAGACUCAAACAUAAUAUAUCCAAACGGUAUUUCAAACUCGAUGCCCCAAGAUGUGCAACUUCAGAUGAUGAGAAUGGUUCCAGGUCUUGAGAAUGUUAACAUUUUGCAACCAGCUUAUGGAGUAGAAUAUGAUUACGUUGAUCCCAGACAAUUAAAACAAACUUUAGAGACGAAACUGGUUACAGGUCUAUUUCUAGCAGGGCAAAUUAAUGGUACGACAGGUUAUGAAGAAGCAUGUGCCCAGGGUUGUAUUGCAGGUAUAAAUGCUGGUCUUGCGGCUCUAUCGAAACCGCAAUUAAAACUUUCAAGAUCUGAUGCAUAUCUGGGUGUCCUUAUUGAUGAUCUUAUUACCAAAGGUAUUGAGGAACCAUAUAGAAUGUUCACUUCUAGAUCAGAAUUUAGAAUAACAGUGAGAGCCGAUAAUGCAGACUUUAGACUUUCUGAAUUAGGUCAUUCUGUGGGUGCAGUUCAUCAAUUACGAUAUGACAUCCUCAAGAAUGACAAAGAUAUAUAUGACACUACUAUCGAAAAAUUAAAGUCAUUUAAUUGUAACCAUAUGAAAUGGUCUAAUAAAUUAGGUAUAAAGGUAGCACCAGCUGCUUUAAAUUAUACAGCAUGGGAUAUCUUUAAAUUUAAUGGCGUUUCAUUAGAAAGAUUGGUCGAUUCUUUUCCUGAAUUGAAAAUUAAUGUAGAUAAUAUUCCAAGAAGGGUCAUCCAAAAGAUUGAUAUACAAGGUAAGUAUAACCCUUACAUCACAAAACAAACCCAAUACAUAAAAGCAUUUCAAGCUGAUGAGAAUUUAUUGCUGCCAACAGAUUAUGACUAUUCACAAAUGCAAAGCUUAUCAUCCGAGUGUAUCAUCUUAUUAAACACAAUCAAACCUAGUACCAUAGGUCAGGCAAGACGUAUUCAGGGGAUUACCCCAGCUGCAUUAUUUGAAUUGUACCGUUUAUUAAACAAAACAACAAGACAAUCUUAA